CCACGCGCCUCCUCCUUUCCCCCACACGCCCUCCUCCUUUCUUAUAGCUUUUUUUGUUAUCUAUCUCAAUUUACUCGUUUCGAAUCCUGAUCGUCAUAGCAAUUUCCGACGACUUAUCAAAGGAGUUAUCUUCCCGCAUAGGCCUGAGAGAGAGGUGACUCUGCUCUUACUAAAGCAAGAAGAAGAUGGGAUCAAAAACUCCUUCCACAUCGACUCAUGAAGCCAAUGCUUCUGUAGAUGAAAGGUCUAGAAAAGGUAAAGUACCGAAAAGGAUUAACAAGGCUGUUAGGGAGAGGCUUAAGCGCGAGCAUUUGAAUGAGCUUUUCAUCGAAUUAGCUGAUUCGCUUGAGCUGAAUCAGCAGAACAGUGGAAAAGCUUCGGUACUGUGUGAAGCUACUCGAUUCUUGAAGGACGUGUUUGGUGAGAUUGAGUCCCUUAGAAAGGAGCACACUUCUCUCCUCUCUGAAUCUAACUACGUAACGACAGAGAAGAAUGAGCUCAAGGAAGAAACAUCAGUGCUCGAGAGCGAGAUCUCUAGACUACAAUCCGAGAUAGAAGCAAAAGUGAAUCAGUCCAAACCAGACUUGAACACCUCUCCUGCGCCUGAGUACCAUCAUCAUCAUCACUAUCAACAACAUGCCGAGCUUGCAUCCCAGUUUUCAGGACUUCCCAUUUUCCAAGGCGCGGCGGGCUAUCAACAAUCUUCUGCUGCGACUCCUCCUGGUGCUACAGUUCUUGUUCUUCCGAUGCAACCUGAUCUCCAGACACAAGCGCCUCUGAUGUAUAAUAGCUCAAAUGUGAGUAAGCCGUGUCCAAGAUAUGCUAACGCGGCUGACUCGUCGUGGCCUUCUCGGCUACUUGGAGAGCGUCUAAAAGCUAAUGAAUGAGAGUCUUGGGCAGGGAAAUUUGUGAAGGACUCUUGGUUUUUGUAUUUAGCUUCGUCUAGUGUCCUUGUGGGUUUUGGCCUUGGCCAUUUCUUGUUUUUGUGGUUUGUCCAUAGGAUCAGAAAAGUUUAUGGCUCUUUAUGGGGUCGUUUGAGAAAAGUUAAGGAAAUAAUUAGCUCUAACCUUCGUUG